GCUCUCCGCAUUGCUUAACCCAUUCGUGACGGGACGGUCAAUUUUGACCGGGUAAGGUUUUUAAUUAUUAGCGCCUUCAUUUUUAAACCAAAUGUCGUCUCGUUUUAUUCCAGAUCCUUCCUACAUAUAUGCCGAGUUUUGCCAAUAGGUGGCAGGUCAAUAGGUUAUACCGGCUUCAGUUGGGAGGCAAACACAAUGUCAACAUGUUUAAAUUCUGAAACCUCUGGGGACAACAGGAAAAAGCGGAAAAAGCUCACAACAUUCGAGAUAUCUCAGUUGAUAGAAAAUGAGGGGAUUUUUGGUGACGAUAGCGACCUGGACCCUGACUAUAUGGAGCCAGAGUUCGACCCCAGCAGUGAGAGCAGUGGCGAGGAAUGGCAAAGGGACAAUGGCAAACAGGACAAGGUCGUCAGGCCUGGCAAGAGGCUUGCAGCUGUCCCUGAAACCAGAGUCUACAUGGACCCCCCCAUUGAGCUUCCAGAAGCCAACACGGACAACGACUCUGGUAAAUAAACCUACUAAUUAUGUGUUUUUAUAAUUUGUUUUUAUGCACACACUGUACAGUAUACACCCCCU